AUGGAAAACCCCUGGAGGAGGAGGAGGACGCAGGCGGUCAGAUGGAAGUUGCUGAGGAACUCGCUGCUGCUUUGUUUAUUCACCGGCGGCACUAAAGCCGAGUGUGAAGGCUGUAUAGAGUAUUGCUGCGAUGGAUCGCCGCCUUUCUGCUGCUCCUACUACGCCUACGUGGGGGACGUCCUCUCGGGCACUGCCAUCUCUUCGUUUUCGUUGUGUGUUGUUUCUGAUGGGGCGGUGGCGGCCUUGUUCCUGUGCGUGUGUAUGUGCAUGAAGAACGGGCGGGGCGCGAGGGUCGGCGUGUUCAGCACCUCCUACAUCAACACUGUGACCCAGGGCUACCCAGGUCCUCCACCUCCAUACAACUAUGACUACGAAAUGUACCCUUCCUCGCUGAACCCCCCGCCUUACACCCCAACUCAGCCUCGACCGGCCAACUACUCCCCACCUCCUCCAUACCCUGGCUGCACCCGCAAGUGAAUCCCUGCAGCACAGAUCAUCUCCCAGCCAGCUCAAGAGAAACUGGCAUGGCCUGGUUAUACAUCUCUGGUCUCUAAAGACAAUUUAACGGGCCCACAAACAUUUCCACAUUUAAAAAAUAAAAAAGGGGCUGCCCAGUGCAAUAUUGUUCAGCAGGCCAUAAUUACCAGCUAUGUGCCUGCGAGUUGUAAAUGUCACUGCAUUUCUGCUGGAGUCUGGACCAAAUAGUGGGGAAAUGAAUACUAAUUUAACACAAUGUUGGUCAGAACACCCCACAUUCUGAUAGACUUAAGUAUUAGCAGCGCUGCUAGCCUGCAGCUGGUACUUUUCCCCCGUUAAUAACCAAUAUCCUUAUCCGUCCCCGGCUGUGCACAUCAAAGGCACAGCACCGCUUUGAAGAAGGUGAAGACCACUUUUGUCAGCAUGGAGGGAAACUUCACAUCACUGAAGAAGUAAAGUCUUUCUAGACUCUUCUUUUAUGGAAAGUUACCUAUUUAAAAAAAUGAACUUGAUUUAUGUCAGAGACUCGAGGUGGAAGUUGAUGAUUAAAGCUUUUUAAAACAA